AUGGAUCGUCGCGAAGCAUGGAAGGAGACUGUGAGGGAGUUGUGUUUUGGCAAUGACUCUUCCGAUGAGGAAGAUAAUUUGUUCCUAGCCACUGUGAGUGAGUUGCACCAGGCGGAGGCAUCACAGCGGGGACCGUGGGGUGGUUCAUUGCCAGGCCGACGGCGUAUCGAGCGGAACCGGCUGGAGGGGCAUCAUAGGUUGUUUAAUGACUACUUCGCCGAUCACCCGGUGUACCCAGAUUACAUCUUCCGUCGCAGGUUUAGGAUGAAACGGGACCUAUACCUCAAGAUUGUACAGGCAGUUGCGGACCAGGACCCGUGGUUCCAACAGAGGAGGAAUGCUGCUGGCGAGCUCGGCCUGUCGGCAUUGCAGAAAGUCACUGCGGCGUUUCGUAUGCUCGCGUACGAUGCUCCCGCCGAUUCUCUCGAUGAGUGCCUCCGCCUAGGGGAGUCCACUAUAAUUGAGAGUAUGAGACGGUUUGUACGAGCCGUGGUCGGGGUAUUCUGGGACGAGUACCUCCGUGCUCCUAAUGAGGAGGACACGGCGCGCUUGAUUACUAUGAACGAGCGAAGAGGGUUCCCCGGGAUGCUCGGAAGCAUAGAUUGUAUGCAUUGGAGGUGGAAGAACUGUCCAACAGCGUGGUCUGGUUCCUUCUCGGGCCACGUGAACUCACCGACAAUUAUCCUAGAGGCCGUGGCGUCACAGGACUUGUGGAUUUGGCAUGCUUUCUUCGGCAUGCCUGGUUCGCUAAACGACAUCAACGUUCUUCACCGCUCCCAUCUCCUCGACAAUCUUGCCACUGGAGUGGCCCCCCAGGUCCAAUAUUCCAUUAACGGACAUGACUACACCAUGGGGUACUACCUUGCAGAUGGUAUCUAUCCGGAAUGGGCCACCUUCGUGAAGCCUAUUCCUUGUCCAGUUGGGAGGAAGCGCCAGCACUUCGUCGUUCAGCAGGCGGCAUUAAGGAAGGAUGUGGAACGUGCCUUUGGGGUCCUCCAAGCCAGGUUCCCCAUAGUGAGGGGGGCUACGAGGAUAUGGGACGAGGAAACACUGCACAAUAUCAUGACCGCCUGCAUUAUCAUGCAUAACAUGAUAAUCGAAGAUGAGAGACCCGAAGGGGACGUCGAACACGUGUACGACGGUUCAGGUGUUCCUGUUGAGGCAUCACGCAACCUAACACCCACACUUGAAGCAUUUGCACACCGGUAUGGGAUGAUAACUAGCAGGCAUGGGCACCACCAACUGCGUGACGAUCUUGUCGAGCAUCUGUGGCAGUUCCACGGAGUAGAGUAG